AUGUUGCCCUCUACCUCCACCGGGCCAGUGGCACCAAUUCCCACCGUUGUUCCCGAUCUCCCGCACUUCCAGGAGCUCCAUGACGUAGGAAAGCGAACCCUCUGGGUGGUUACCGUCCUGAUGGGCAUCAGCUCGCUAGUGUUCUAUUCACUGAGUGCCCGUGCGCCUGUAGCCAAGCGGGUCUUCCACACUCUAUCUUCCUUGAUUACUACCAUCUCCUUCAUCACCUAUCUUGCCCUCUCGACAGGCCAGGGUAUCGGCUUUAAUCACGCACACAUUAUCAAUCACGGCACUCAUGGAAUCCCCAACACUCACCAAGACGUGUUCCGACAGGUGUUGUGGCUCCGAUAUGUGAACUGGGCCCUCAGCACACCCCUGUUGCUCACCAUCUUUGCGUUGGCGUCAGGCUUGCCAGGUGCAAACCUGCUUGCUGCCAUUGCGGCCAACUGGGUAAUGCUUGCUACCGGACUGUUGGGCUCUUUCGCCGGUCACACCCGCGUACGAUGGGUGUGGCUGACUCUAUCUUGUAUCUCUUAUCUGGUCACCCUGAAUCAUGCAGGAUUCCAUGCUCAAAAAGCAGCUCAGAAGCAGGAUGGACCGACACGCAAGUUCUUUGGAGCCUUUUCCGGAUCGGCAUUCAUUGCUCUUGCCUUGUUCCCAAUUACCCUCGCCGCUGGCACUCUCGCUCUGAAGUUGAGUGUUGAUAUUGAGACCAUCCUCUUUGCCAUCCAGGAUAUUUUCACCCAAGGCCUGUUGGGAUACUGGCUCCUUGGAUCGUCUGGCAGCUCUUUGGGAGUCUCCCUUCACUUGGACGGCUUCUGGUCUCAUGGUGCUGGCACUGGUGCUGUUCGCCUCCCUGAAGAUGAGGGCGCGUAA